AGCUUCUUACAGUGUGCGUCUCGGCACCAUCCGAGAAGAUGAGCGCUCAAGGCUCCCCGGAGCCUUCCAGCUCGGCCCCAUCUCUACCCCCAGGAUUUCAAACAGUUGCAGCAAUUCUGGACACUCCUAAUGACAAGCUCAAGGCGGGAACUAUGACGUUUAACGUCAUCGGAUUUAUCAAAGAUUAUCGGCCACCCUAUAAAACAAGAGGCACCGACUUCAAAUGUACCAUUGAGAUCAAGGAUUAUUCGACUCAUGGGUCAGAGGGCCUUAAAGUCAUAAUGUUUUGGCCAGAGGAUAGAAUGCCUAAGAUACAGGGUGUAUCUGAUGUUGUACUCAUCCGGAAUGCAAGGGCUCAGAUGUAUAGUGGCGAAGUAUCCCUCCUAGCGAGCUAUGCCACGGAAGUCCAUGUAAUGCCGGCAUCGAAGAUACCACCAACACUACCUAGAGACUCUCGCGCUCCAUGGCAAUCAACUCCCCAACUCACUUGCCGCCAUCCUACGCCCGUCGAAACGAGCUAUGUGGUUUGGGCUAAUAGCCAGGUCAGUGAGCUUAAUUUGCCUUCGAAUGAAGAAUUUGAAAUGAAGUCCAUGCAAGCCAUGAACGUGAAGGACAAAUACAGUCUCCUGAAAGAUGUUAAGCCUGAAUGUUUUUACGAUAUCCUAGGCGAAGUCAUUAGAAAAUAUGAUGGCUCAUCAGGGUCGACGCUCUAUAUCUCAGAUUAUACUGCGCAUAGUCGCUUUUACAACUAUGAAUGGGGUGGCGGAGAGACCGUCGAGCCUCGUGACGGGGAUGAAUUUGGAUACAUCAGAACCAGGCCGAAAAAGAACAACGACUGGCCCGGCCCUUAUGGAAAGAUGUCUAUUCAGCUUACCUUGUUUGAUGCCCAUGCCGAGUUUGUACGUGAAAAUGUGGAGGCCGGGCAAUGGGUACUAUUGAAGAACGUUUAUAUCAACUUCGGCAAGAUGGGAGACUGUUUGGAGGGCUUUUUGCGAGGAGACCCUAACUCUUCAGAGAAGGUUCGGGUUCGGGUUCUGAAACGAUCGGAAGACAAAGACGACAUACGUUGGAAGGAGGCACUUACCCGCAAACUCCAGUGGAACCAAAAGUUCGAGAAGCAGAAACAGGAUAUUCUUGACAAAGCUGCAGGAUUAGAAGGUAAAAGAAAGCUGGAUGACAUGGAACACUCGAAGAAGAACAGCAAGCUACGUCGUCAAGCACGUCGAGCUGCAGCGGAAGGGAAAGCUGCAACUUUUGAAGCCAAAGUAGCCAAGAAGUUUGAUCUCAAUGAAAACAUACGAUGCAGCUACCCUGACCAGCCAAUUCUCCCACUUCACGUUAUUCUCAGAAGGCCCACCAUCCUUCUGGGGACUGAAGCUCCCCGAGAAGCUGUUUCGCCUUUCGACGUUGGCAAAUACAGAGCAAACGUCCGAGUGGUCGGAUAUUUUCCGGACAAGGUCGAAGACUUUUCCGUUGGACGUCGAAUUAGCGAUUACGAUAUCCUCUCGGAUUACAGUGGUGGCGAAGACACGGAUGUGGAAGAAGACAGGCGUGUCUUCAAAAGCGGGAAUGGGUUCGCGAAAAAAUGGGAAUGGAGAUUCGCCUUGGAAGUGGAGGAUGCCGAUCCAAAAUCUCCGAAAGAGCGAAUGUGGUUGCUGGUUGAUAACCAUAACGCGCAAGGGUUGUUGGGUAUAGACGCCACGAAUCUUCGAGGAGAUAGAACUGCGCUUCGUCAAGUCAAGGAACAGUUGUGCAUCUUGUGGGGUGACCUCGAGGAGCAAAAGUCAGCUUUCUUGCGGCAACAAGGCGCAGAUGAUACGAAAUCCUUACCACCAUCUUCUCUGGACCCAGAUUCCUCAGCGCCUGAGCCACGGCGGAAGGUUGGUGACCAGCCAAAUCUAGACAGUGACGACGAAAACGAGGUACCGCAUCAGAGGUCCCCAGACAGAGACCCCAGCGCCAAGCAAGAACAGGAGUCCACCAGCUCCACGACCAAGGCAGGAUUACCGGCCUCAAUUCCGGCUGUCAAGAACAAACCUUUCACUUGUUGUAUCAGACAAUACGGGAUUAAAGUUGACGAGGAAGAUCCAUCCAAGGCCAAUGCAGGUGAUGGCAAAAGAUGGAAGAGAAUGUUCGGAUUGUUUGGCACAAGGAUAGUGUGAUACGCGGGAUAUGGGGUUGAUAAAUGCUUUGAGUACGGCUUAUGAAUGAAUGAUACCCCCAGUUGAUGAUUCUACCAAUAAAGCUUUCAUGAAAUGAUAAUUCUCUAGAUCCUCUGCUGAUCUACCUGC